UGGAUAUUGGAAACAUCAGGGCGGCAAAUCGAUCUCGAUGAUUAUUCGUGUACAAUCCCCAGUCGGAAUAAAAAGGAUAGAAUUGCUGGAAACUGAUAACUAUGAUAAACUUCUAAGCCUGGUAUGUGAAAAAUUCGCUAUUGGCCGCAAUGAUGGUUGGUGCCUUUCGCGAUCUCCCAGCCAGUCUGAACGGCUGAAUUGCAGUCUGAAUACACGUUUGUCGAAAUUAGGUUUAAGACACGGCGACCUUAUUUUUCUCUCAAACCACACUAAAAGUGGAGAAACAGUCGGUAAUGAAGAUCAAAAACAUGAUUCUAACUCUAAUUGGUUAACUACAAGUAGCUCAUUAAUAGAAGAUAAAGUUGAUCAAGAAUUAGCUAAAAUGGAUGGUCGUAUACAUCGGAAAAGAAAUCAACAAUUAUGUCACCAUCCUGUAUCUGGACAAUGUAUCCACUGUGUUCCACUUGAGCCAUUUGAUUCAGCCUAUUUGGAACAUUUAGAUCCUCCAGUGAAAUUUAUGUCAUUUCAUGCAUAUUUACGUAAAUUAACUGGUGGACAAAGCAAAGGAAAAUUUUCAUGUUUAGAAAAUUUAAGUUGUCAUAUUCGUCCCGGUUGUCGUGAUCAUCCACCAUGGCCUGAUGGAAUUUGUACUAAAUGUCAACCGAAUCCAAUCACUCUAGAAAUUCAACCAUAUCGUCAUGUAGAUUUUGUACAAUUUGAAAAUCCUCAAUUAAUGGAUAGAUUUUUAGAUUAUUGGCGACAGACUAGUUGUCAACGUAUUGGUAUUAUGCUUGGUCGUUAUGCACCAUUCGAUGCACCAAGUUCACCACCAUUAGCUAUAAAAGCAGUUGUAGCAGCAAUUUAUGAACCAGCUCAAGAAUCUACACCAAGAUCCGUUAAAUUAAUCGGUCCAUUAGAUAAUAUUUUACCGAAACAUGUAAUGAAAGUUGCACAACGCAUUGGUCUACAACCAGUUGGAUGGAUAUUUACUGAUUUAGUCGCUCAAAACACCAAUGGUAAUGGUGUGGUUAAACAUUUUCGUGGUACAAUUGAUACAUUUUUUCUAAGCGCUGAAGAAUGUAUCACUGCUGCUCAUUUACAAAAUCUUCAUCCGAAUAUAUGUCGUCUUAGUCCAGAUGGUUGUUUCGGUUCAAAAUUUACUACAGUUGUUGUCACUGGGGAUGCAUCGAAUCACAUUCAUUUUGAAGCAUAUCAAGUUAGUAAUCAAGCUAUGGCUUUAGAAAAAGAUAAUAUACUUGUACCAACUUAUGAUGCACCCGAGUUGGGUUAUAUUAAAGAAACUACAAAAGAACAAUUUGUUCCAGAAGUAUUUUAUGCGACUAAGGAUAAAUAUGGUAAUCGUGUUACACGUGUAGCACGUCCAUUACCAGUGGAAUUUUUACUCACUUAUAUGCCAACAGCAUUUCCAAUUGAACCAAUUUAUACAAUGGCUAAAAUACCGGAUCAUUUUCCAGCGGAUUGUCAAUUUCCAAUUGAAAAUCGUGAAUGUUUAGGUCAAAUUCAAGAUAUUCCAAGUUUUUCUCGUAUCCUACAUAAAUUUGGCAUUGAUCAAAUUCAUACAUGUUUAACUAAUUUUCAUAUACUUGCAUGGUUAGUUAAUAAUGAUACACUUGGUUUACAGCUACAAUACAAUACAGAUGAUAAUGGUGAAUUAAUAGAAAAUCCAUACGGAAUCAAUGGUUUGUUGGAUGCAAUUGCAUUACGUUGCUCUAAUAAUUCCAAUAAUAAAGAAUCUGAAUUAGCUAUUAAAAAAUGGGCUAGUGAAUCACCGAUUUGGGCUACUGUACAAGAAUUAGCUAAUGCAGUGAUUUCUGAUAUGCCACCUAGUCCACCAUUAUCAUCUAAUCAUCAAUCCUCCAGUUCUUAUCGUUCAGUACUUAGUGGUGGUGGUUCUAAUGUUUCUUUUGGAAUUAAUUCAACAACACUACCUAAAAUGAAUUGGUCAUCACAAACAACAAUCACAUCAUCAUCAUCAUCACCAUUAACAACAGCAACAACAUCAUUAUUAACAACGACGACCGCAACAUUAACAGAAUCAAGAAAUUCCCAAACAAAUCAUUGGGCAUGUCCACAUUGUACUUUUCAUAAUAAUCCUGAUACAGAUGAAUGUGAAAUGUGUCGACUACCUCGACGUGGAUAAAAUGACUGUGUGUAUGUGUGUGUGUAUGCAUGUGUAUGUGAAUGUGCGUGUUUGUUUUUCCUUUUUCUAAAAUCGAUCACAGUCAAAAAAAAAGAAAAAAGACCAAUGAAUAAAUAUUUAUUAUUCAUUUUUUUUUCUAAGAAUUUUUUUAUUCUACAGAUGAAAUGAAAAUAGGAUAAAAUAGAGUGUGCUUCAUUCUUUAUUGUGGUUGUUGUCGUUUGUGAAUGAAUAAUAAUUAAGUCUGUGCAUAUUAUGGGUUUUUUCUAAUUAAAUCUUGUUCGUUUUUUUCUCUGUGUGUGUGUGU